UGGCAUUGUGGGCUUAAAUUUUCUAUAUAAACCAAAAUGGCAGCCAGAUUUGGCUGGCGUAGUCUAACUUUAUUACCAAUUCAUUAGAAGAAUAAUUGUAUUGUACACGAAAAAAUAAGUAUGGAGGUAAGCAGCGAAAGAUCUAGUCGAACAGACUUCUUUGCCACUGGAAAGUAUCGAUUAGUGCGGAAAAUUGGCAGUGGGUCGUUCGGUGAUAUUUACCUAGGCAUCAACAUAACAAAUGGCGAGGAAGUCGCUGUUAAAUUGGAGUCGAUUAAAGCUCGACAUCAACAACUUCUCUAUGAAAGUAAGCUCUAUAAAAUCUUACAAGGAGGUGUUGGGAUUCCCCAUGUCCGUUGGUAUAAUCAAGAGCGAGAUUAUAAUAUCCUUGUUAUGGAUUUAUUAGGACCGAGCCUUGAAGAUUUGUUCAACUUCUGUUCGAGACGAUUUACCAUGAAAACUGUAUUGUUGAUUGCGGACCAGAUGAUUGCACGAAUGGAAUAUGUUCACAACAGAAAUUUUAUUCACCGAGAUAUUAAGCCUGACAAUUUCUUGAUGGGAAUCGGACGACACUGUAAUAAGUUAUUCAUAAUAGAUUUUGGUUUGGCUAAAAAAUAUCGCGACAGUAAGACACGACAACAUAUUGUCUACCGCGAAGAUAAAAAUUUGACCGGAACUGCUCGUUAUGCUAGCAUUAAUGCUCACUUGGGAAUCGAACAGAGUCGUAGGGACGAUAUGGAAUCCCUUGGCUAUGUUUUGAUGUAUUUCAAUCGUGGUAGCCUUCCUUGGCAAGGUCUGAAAGCGGCGACCAAAAAACAGAAGUAUGAGAAGAUAAGCGAGAGGAAAAUGUCUACUCCCGUCGAAGCCCUGUGUAAAGGCUUUCCAACAGAAUUCGCUAUGUAUUUGAAUUACUGCCGUGGAUUGCGUUUUGAGGAAGCUCCUGAUUAUAUGUACCUCAGGCAGCUUUUCCGCAUUCUUUUUCGUACUCUCAAUUAUCAGUACGAUUAUACAUUUGACUGGACAAUGUUGAAACAAAAAGCUACAAGCAACGUACAACAGCAAACAGCCACACAAGCUUCGGCUGCUCGUUAAAAAAAGCCUAUUUUUGAGAAAGCUCCGAGCGAGGUCUUGAUUUAAAAAAAAAAAAGCACCAACUUUGUUUUUAAUACCAGUCUCGUGUGUCAUACGUAAGACAUUGGAAUAUAAACUUGCUUAAUCCAUUGUAAAAAUUUAACCAAAGACUGGUUGAAAAUUCCUUGUAAAUAUCAAUUACAAAUCGGGAGGAAUGUAUUUUGGAUAUAAAAAGAAAAAAGUCCUAACAGAAUUAACUUGGUUAAAUACAAAUACCAUCUUCUUAUCCGUCUGUUUCUUUUUACAUGUACGCAUACAUUCUUACUUUCUCUCCCACCCACUCAUCCUCUGAUAAAUAUUUUUAACCAGACAGUAUAAGUGCUUUGAUGGUCAAAGGAGUUGAUGUGAUCACUCACAUUGUUAUAACAAUAAUAAAAUCGGUGAAACAUGCUUUUGUGGAUACCAGUAUCAGCAUCAAACCAAAACUGUCUUUGAGACUUGAAUCAAUUGGUUGCUGGAAUUUUAAUUGAGCAAUCAUUCCUACAGGUAUAAAAUGGAAAUAUUAUUUUAGAAAAUAAGAGAUGAUUUUAUCCUUCAUGCAGAAAACCAAACUGAAAUAAAUUUUAAGGGUUUCUACUUGUUCGUUUGAUGCUUUUGUUAAGGUAAAUUGUAUUAUUCAAUGAGUGUAAUAAGCUGGCGAGGGAUGAAACUGAUGUAAUAAACUUCAAUAGUAUACGUACAUCUCAUAUACAUAUAUGUAUAUAUAUAUAAUGCAUAUAUGUACAUAUACACACUGAAGAUGGAUCGCAAUAAUUUUUAAGAUGGUGUAGGCUUAACCGUUGAAUUUUUAUACGCAUCAAACGGAUUAUAUAUAUAUAUAAAUAUAUAUAUAAUUCGUUUGAGCAGAAGGCUGAGUCGUCUGUGGAAUGAUAUAAAUAAGAAGCUAGAUAUGAUCAAAGUUGCUUCGUUCUAAAAUAGUUUUGGUGCCUACUGCGGGAGUUGGGUGGCACCAGCUGAAUGUUUUGAACUUUCGCUCUUUCACUUUUUCUUUCUUUCUUUGACUCAUUCUCCCCUUUAAAAAAAAAUUGUCCCUUUUAAGGAAAAAAAAGUGUUAACCUGCUCCAUUUAAUGUAUAACCUGAUUUUUCUGUGUAAUGUUUUAUUUAUAUCCUUCUACUUGCAUCAUUUCAUAGAUAUUUUUUGUGAUACCCUGAACAAUCUUCAGCUUGAAGUGAAAUGUAAAUUGUAGGUGACAAAAAUCUUGAUUAAAUUUUCCUUUCUCUUUAUUUUAAUCGUUUUAUAAUUCUGUUUCGUAUUUUAAUGUUUAUAUUUUAUGUACACAAGCCUACUUCAUUCACACUCACACCGUGACACUAAAACUGACAUACACAAAUACUAUAGUAGUUAAGGAUAUUAUUAAAAAACAAAAAAAAACAACAACAAAUCUUUCUGUUGUUUAAUGUUAUUGUUUCCUGAUAUUUUUAAUAUUGUAUAAAAAUGAUUUUAUGUUUAACUUGCGUUGUUGGACGUGACUAAUUGUUUUUGCUCUCACAUUCAACCUCAUAUUGACAUUAAAAUCCCAGUCUGCGACUAUGAAACAAGCGCAGUUGUCUUCUGGUUUGGGGAAUCAUUUAGUAAAUUACAUAAUGUGUGUUUGAAUUUUUUUUUUUCUUUUAGUAUUUGUAUAUUUUAGUAAAAUAAAUGGGCGCAUGAACAGUACUGAAUCCAGACAUCAACUGGCUAUCGCGAAUAUCAUAUAUGUAUAUAUAUAUAUAUAUAUAAUGUAUAUGUAUGCCUGUAUUGUUUAUUCACGUAUUGGUCGUCAGCUUGAACAGGAUUUCGGCCAUUUACGAAGAAAGAUAUCCACCUGCUAAUGCAACAGGUAUGUACAGGUGCGCCAGCUACGCCCCAAUGUAUAAAUGUUACAUGUUAUGGAAAUCAAGUAUUUUUUGUUUUGUUAUGAUUGUUUAUUCAUGGUGUUAACAUUGUAUUAAUAUUGUUUCAAUAUCAAUCUUCUCUUUCACACACACACGCAUUACAUAUAUAGGGGUGUGGGGUUAUAUUUGUUCGGCGAGUAUGUGUAUCUGGUUCGAAAGGAUAUUUAGCUAAAGGGAGAUGAAAAGUAAUUGUCAACUUACCUUGUAACAGUAUUACAUGAGCAUAAUUUUAGAAAUAUAAUCGUAUGUGCAUAUAUUACGUAUGGCUACACAAACAUUCUGAAUGUGUGUGUGUGUAUAUAUAUAUAUAUAUAUAUAUAUAUAGACAAUUUUUGUGUGUGUAUAUAUAUAUAUAUAGACAAUUUUUGUGUGUGCAUAUAUGUGUGAGAGUAUAUAUAACAUUUUAUACAGGUGUAUACAUAUAAUACACAUUUGUAUAUAUAGUGUGGGUGUGUAUCUAUUUUCUUUAUUGGUCUGAUGUGGAAGAAUGAGCUGUACCUAUGGCCUUUGCAUGGCCCUCCGAGACCAAGUGAGUUCGGUGCAGUUUGAAGUUCUUGAUUGCAUGCAUUUAUGUACAUACAUUUUGUGUAUAUCUAUAAUAUAUAUUAUAUACAGUCAUAUAUGUAUAUAUAUACACACACACACAUGCUCCUGUGUGUGUAUAAAAAUAUUAAGCACUUAUGUGUAUAUAAACAUUUGUGUGUAUGUAUAGUGCAUGUAUGUAUAUAUUCAUGUAAUUGUUGAAUAGGUUUGUAUAGUGUAUGUAUAGUGCACACAUGUAACAAACAGUUUUAUGUGUAUGAUGUAAUAAAAUAUUAUAUACUCUAUGCCCUAUAUAUUUUUUUAAUAUAUCUUACGGCAUUUAUAUAAAUUGUAUUUCUAUGAUGUAUAGUAACCAAUAUUCUGAUACUUAAACUAGAUUAAAAUGUUUCCAGUAUUUUUGUUCUUGAAAAAUUAUGUGAAGUAUGUAUUUAAUAGUUUGACUUGACGUCUAUCAAAAGAAAAUAUUUGCUUUUUCAUAAACCUAAUUGACCUCUUUUAGCAAGUACAGCAUACUAACUAAACCUUUCACGCAGAGUUGAUCUAAGGAAGUGAACUAAUCACAUUUUAAACUUCUUUCAAACCAAUUUUAUCAGAAACCUCCAACUAUACUGUAAAAAAAACAAAAAAAAAAAAAAAACAAACAUCACAUCUUAAUUUUUAACUUCUUUUGACCAAUUUUAUCAGAAACUUCCCACAAGUAACAAUAAAAUUUUAGCUGUCAACACAAAUUGUAUAUUGGUAAAUAUAACUGUGUUAACCUGUUCCCUAUAUUGUUGAUGAUGCUGUAAGAUACCUAAAUGUUGCAAAGCUUCAAAGAAUAAAGUUCUGUUUGAAAACA